GAUCACACCAAGGCCGCCAUGAAUUCACUCAGCGAAGCAAACACCCAGUUUGCAGUUGAUCUGUUCCAACAGCUCAGAAAAUCAAAGAAGGACAACAUUUUCUACUCCCCUCUCAGCAUCUCAUCAGCAUUAGCCACGGCCUACUCAGGGGCCCAAGGAAACACUGCACUCCAAAUUGGCAAGGUCCUUCACUUUAAUGACGUCACAGACAGCACAAGAGGAAGAGCCUCAACAGCUCACGUUGAAAAGUUGGGAAAUGUGCGUCACCAAUUUGAAAAGUUUCUGACUGAAUUAAAGAAACCCACUGAUGCCUAUGAGCUGAACAUCGCCAACAAGCUCUAUGGAGAAAAGAAGUUUCAAUUUCAUCAGGAAUACAUGGAUAAUGUUAAGAAAUUUUACCUUGCUGGUGUGGAAUCUGCUGGUUUUAUAAAUGCUGCAGAAGAAAGUCGCAAGAAGAUUAAUUCCUGGGUGGAAAGCCAAACGAAUGGAAAAAUCAAGGAUCUGUUUCCCUAUGGCUCUCUUAGCUCCACCAUUCUGGUUCUGGUGAACGCGGUCUAUUUCAAAGGGAAGUGGGAAAAUAAAUUUGAUGAAAAAAAUACUGUGGGGGAAAAAUUUUGGCUUAACAAGGAUACCAGCAAAUCUGUGCGGAUGAUGAAACAAACGAGUUCCUUUAGCUUCACUGAACUGGAGGACAUGCAAGCCAAGAUCCUGGAAAUGCCAUACACAGGCAAAGAUCUGAGCAUGAUGUUGCUGCUGCCAAAUGAAGUAGAUGGUCUGCAGAAGCUUGAAGAUAAAUUCACAGCUGAGAAAUUAAUGGAGUGGACAAGCUCACAGAAUAUGAGAGAGACACUCGUGGAUUUAUGUUUACCUUGGUUCCAAGUGGAAGAGAGCUAUGACCUCAAGGACACGAUGAAGUCCAUGGGGAUGGUGGAUGCCUUCAGUCCACAGGAUGCCGACUUCUCGGGCAUGACCGGGAGCCGGAAUCUCAUGGUGUCUAAAAUCCUACACAAGUCCUUUGUGGAGGUGAAUGCAGAGGGCACGAAGGCCGCAGGCUCUACUGGCAUAGGUACAGGAUUUAUAUCACCAAUAGUUUACAGUUUCCAUUGUGAUCACUCUUGCCUGUUCUUCAUCAAGCACAAUAAGACCAACAGCAUCCUCUUCUUGGGCAGAGUCUCUUCCCCUUAGAUGCACUUAGCCUGCCACUAAUUUGGGGGAAGUUCACAGUUGUUCUAGUACAUUGAUUGCUGGAAAUAACAGAUUCUCUUUCUUUGUCCUUUCCAAUCUCAUAGUCAUCACCAAGAAUGUAAUGGUUGAAAUAGCAUGACUGUCUGCCUCAUUCUAUCAACACAUGCAAACCUACUUUAUUUCUCUGUGAUGAUUCUC